AUGUCUUAUAAGUCUUCAGUCUUUGACAGCCUUCCAUUGCAUUACAAAUGCUAAAAAAUACUAUGGAACCCCCUUAAUGCCACCUUCCAGUGGCCUUCAGUGCCACCUGUCAGUGUCCAUCAAUGCCAGCUGUCAGUGCUCAUCAAUGCCACCUGCCAGUGCCCAUCAGUGCCACAUCAAUGCCACAUAUCAGUGCCUAUCAGUGCACAUCAAUGCCACAUAUCAGUGCCCAUCUGAACUGUCUUUCAAUGCCAACUAUCAGUGCCAAUCAGUGCCACCUAUCAAUGCCAGUCAGUGCCACCUAUCAGUGCUGCUAAUCAGUGCCACCUAUCAGUGCCAGUCAGUGCUGCCUAUUAGUGCCGCCUAUCAGUGCCAUAUAUGAGUGCUGCCUUUCAGUGC